AUGUCUCCAUCUAAAGCUGAGAAGAAGGUUGAUGUAUUGCCAGCGAACUUUAUAUUUAGCCCAGAUGAUCCUUUUUAUUCGGGUCCUGUAACUUGUGAUUUGAUGCACAUAAAGCCAGCUUCUUAUGUAGCAGCAACAGUGGAGUUUGUUGUUAUGCUAAUAGGAGCUAUUGCUUUUUAUAAGUUUUAUGAAGUUAAUCAGUCUCUGGACAAAUGGAUGUUGGUCAGCAUGCUGGGUUUACUCGCUGUUUCCGUGUUCACUUCUAUAAUACUUGCAUAUGGAAUUAUCACAGAACAAGCAAACCUUAUUCGUACCAAGAUAUCGUUCAUUCAAAUUGUCAUUCUUAUACUGAUGACACUUGCGUUUGUAUCAAUCACUGCUAUGUCUGUUGGAAUUGAAAUGACGAACUCUCUUUUCGGUCUUUUCGUGAAAGUUGCGGAAAUGGAACGUGAUUUUGGACCUCUCUGGCCAUUCAACAUUGGAGUCGUCGCCUUUUUCACAGCAGCUCUAGCUAUCUGGAUGCACGCGAUAUAUAAAGGAGUUUAUGAUUUUUUGCUGGAUAAGGAUUACUUCAGUAAUGCUCCUUCAAUUGAAUUAGCUAAGAGCUUGCCAAGAGAGGAAUGA